UAUCUCUAGAGGAAUUAUUUUUUCUUUGUUAAGUUCAAAAAUGAGCAUGUUGAAACCUAGGGACAGGGAGAUAAAAUUGUUUGGGAGGACAAUUACAUCUCUUUCAGCUGUAAAUCAUUUUGAUCCGUCCUCGUCCAUGUCUCCUGUUCAGAGCAAGGAGGCUUCCUCAUCUUCUUUUUCUCCUCUGACUAUAUCAAACAUGGUUAUGGCUAAUAACCAGGAGCAAGACAAUAGCAGAUUCAAAUCUCCUUGCAUAUUAUCCGAUCUUAACCAACCGCCAAGAGCAGUUUCAGAGAUUUCAUCACCAAUAAGCUCCAAAACCAACGGUGAUCAACAAAGCGAGAUCACAACAACAACAAGUACAUCAGAAGAUAAACCAACUACUCUCAAGAAACCGGACAAGAUUCUUCCGUGUCCGAGAUGCGAAAGCGUAAACACCAAGUUCUGUUACUAUAACAACUACAACGUGAGCCAGCCACGUUACUUCUGUAGGAACUGUCAGAGGUACUGGACAGCUGGUGGAUCCAUGAGAAACGUCCCCGUUGGCUCAGGUCGCCGCAAGAACAAAGGAUGGGCUUCUUCAAACCAUUACUUGCAGGUCACGUCUGAGGAUUAUGAGAACAACAACAAUAAUAAUAAUUAUAAUAACUCGGGAACGAUCCUUAGUUUCGGUUCUUCAAAAUCUUCGGUUACAGAGACUGGUAAGAAUCAAGAAAACAAAACUCACCAGGGGUUUCUUCCUACGCAAGUAAUUUUACCUAAUAAUUCACCUCCUUGGCCUUACCAAUGGACUCCAACGGGUCCUAGUGCUAGUUUCUACCCUGUCCCUUUCUACUGGGGCUGCACGGUUCCUGUAUGGACUACCUCAGAGACUUCACCAUGUUUAGGGAAAAGAUCAAGGGAUCAAACUGAAGUAGAAACCAAAGAUACUACUACUAUUACUACUCUUAGAAGUACCGAAGAUACUAAGAACGUGGUGUGGCCUAAGCUACCGACAAAGCCUGAGAAGACAACGGAAGGAUUCAGUUUGUUCAAUGGAUUUGAAACAAAGGGUAGCAACAGAAGAAACUUGGUCCCUGAAACGUCUGUUAAUCUACAAGCAAACCCUGCAGCGAUGUCUAGAUCUAUGAACUUCAGGGAGAGCAUACAACAAUAAUCAAACACUGAUAUAGUAUACAUACAAAUUAUUCAUGCAGUGAGAUAGAAUAAGCUAAUUGUUACCUUGUAGAUAUUUGUUGUUGGAACUAUGUAUUAUUUUUGU